CAUACUGGCUCUGUGAUAACGCUUCUAAAUGACUCUCGUUCAUCGUUGAGACGUCCUUGCCAACACAGUUCGCGUUUCGAGGAAGCAGUCCGCGCGCCUCGUCGUUUCAGGGGCGCGACAUCACAUCUGUAUACUGCAAGAAUGGUAUAGGGAAAGAGCUACGGCGCUUAUGAUAAAGGGUGAAUAGCUACAGACGAAGCGCACUCGCAGUCGGCACUUUAAGCCCGACUUCCAGCCGAGAUGUUAGCGAGCUCAUCUCUUUUAGUCGCCCAGGAUGGCUCAGCGAUGGCACUUAGGUGUGCCAGGAUCUGCCUGCCGGCCCUGCGCGUGCUCCACCUGCCCUUGCGCACAGAGAGCUGCAGCGCACUAGCCAGUGGACUGCGCUCAGCGUCGGGCUCGUGCCUGCAGCGGCUUUCCAGGCGGCCGCUGCUGUUGGCAGCCACGGCGGACGGGCGCUCGCCAGCAGGUCUGCAGGCGUCACAAGAACUUGACACGACGCCGGGCGAGAUUCUGACGCAGGCCGCGCAGACUGGCGUGGCCACCAGCACGCUCGUUCUGGGCGAACUCUUCAGCAUGCUGGGCGCCCAGCCGGAGGUGCGGGCCAAGGCUGCUGCUGUAGCGAGUGAGGCUGCAGCCGUUGCAUCAGGUUACGCGGUGCUCGAUAGUGACGGCGGUGGGCAUGGCGACAGUGGCAACACCGGUAGUGGAGGUGGCAGGGGCCGGGACGGAGACGGCGGGCACCAGGGGUCGCAUGAUGAGAACGGCUUUUCUCGCGGGGCACCGCUUCUGCUGGUAGCCCUGGCGGCGCUGGCCUGCGCCGCCUCAGUGGCAGCGAACCAACUACAGUCGGCCCAGAAAUCACUGCAGUGGCAGCCGGCGGAGGCGCAGCGCCAGCCGGCGACCAGGACUCGCGUGCAGUUCUACACCCCAGCCGGGAGCAGCUCCUCACACAUACGCCGCGGCGGUGCGGGCGGCAGUGGCGGGCUGCUGGGCGCCUGGUCCAGCUGGCUGCCGCGCUAUCCGGACCCGGCGGCCGAGGGCGCCGGCGGCUCAGGGGAUCCUGAGGAGGCGGCGCUGGCCACCAGCCAGCUGCUGCAGUCGCGCCCCUGGUCGGCGGGCGAGCCGCGCUACGGCUUCUGGUGCGAUGAGCGGGCGGGUGGUGGCAUUGGUGGCAGCAGCAGCUGGGCGCGGCAGGGCUUGUCGCAGUCGGAUAGCGGCGCGUCCUCGCGGCGGCGCUCGGAUAGCAGUGGCGUGCACGGCGCCGACACGGACGGCGCGGAGGCGGGCCUGCGGCUACCGACAUCUGCGCACGCCGCGGCUGGACCGGCGCCUGGCUCAGGGGCUCGUGGCUGGGGCCCGCGUGACCCGCGCGUGGACUUCGGGGAUGAGAUCUCGCGGCUGGGGUCAGCCCGGGACGGCCUGCACGCCGCGCACAGCCGGGCCAACAAGUGGCUGCAGGAGGACGCAUCGCGGCGGCGCGGCGGCAGCAGCCCCCUGCGGCCGGCGGCGGCCAUCGCAUGAGCGCAGCGCAGACAGGCGUGUGGCUUGCUUAUGGCCAGUAUGGGCGGGGCGUUACGCAACAAUGGGACUCUGGCGAGCUGAGGACUAGUGUCUGUAGGAAUGGGAGGGCCGGUUACCAACGGGACAAUGGGGUUUCUCUUUGGGCUGUAGAUGGCCCCUCAUCGAACAGUCCCUUCUUGUGUUGUCGCAUUUAUGGGUAGGAGGGGAUCGGUUGCGGACCGUGAGGAUGCUCUUUGUUGAUGGUGUAUAUUCAUGGCGUAUCUUUGAGGCGCGGCGUGGGUACAGGGUGUAUCACUUGUAACCUAGCUUGCAAGGCUGCUUGUACGGACAGGUCGUGUGCUGAAGCGAUGGGUAUACCCUAGUGAGCACCUGAUGACUGCGCGGCUUGGGGAGGGGACGGAACGCAUUUCGUACCCGGAACUUGGUGGAGCGAGUUCGGGUAUGCCGAAGUAAGUGGUGUUUUGGACGCGGGGAACGGCAGAACGGGCGCUGUACAUAUCUAGCGUACAGAAUUGCGUACGGUGGUGCACGAUGUGCAAAGGCAGUAUCACUGCCUCGGCAUGAUACAAGGUAGGAGUCUGCUGAUCUGGGUUGGACAGUCGCCCCAGCGGUUGCUGGGAACAGCAGGGAACAGUGACCUUUGAUGAUGGCAACUGAAUCUCUUUAAUGAACUGCAACUGAAGGCAAUGCUGGUGAUUCGUUUUGAUAAAUAGCGUCAGUCGAUGCCGAUUGACAGUCACGUAGUGGCAGCAACGUACAAUACCGCGCAGCGCUAUGUUGUAGGCGCA